AUGUAUGAGAAAUGGUUUGAUACAGUAAUGUUUUACUGUGUGAUUUUAGUGUAUUUAGUCAAGAUCACUUUUUGUCAUUUUCAAAUUUCCCGCCAGUUCCGUCCCCGUACGUCCCGACGCUCGCAGGGGACGGAACUCAGAUCACAGAUGCCGGCAUCCGCCGGAUUACAUUGCCGGGGACACUGCAGGAGGGACAUCGUGGGAGCGCAGGACAAGGUAAGUGAAGAACAGAUGCCGGUGCAGCGCCGCAUGGUAAGCCCAAGUGUAGCUCGGGGUUACCGCUUUUGCUACACUCGGGAAUACCGCCAGGGAGGU